CCCCACAGUGACUGUCGCACUGUCUAGAAAGACGAAGAAGAAGAAAGGCCAACCUUGAACUCCUCUCUCUCUCUCUCUCUCUCUAGUCGUCGCCAUCUCUCCGCGCUGUUCUUGCGGGGCUCAGAAGGCGAGUUACCUGCAUUCCGCAUCCAUCUUGAAUCGGACGCCGGCUCUCGUUCGGCUCAUUAAUAUGAAAAAGCAAACUCUUCGGACUACUGCCGUCGGAGCUGUUAAUGGUCGAAUGACCCGUGCUCGAGUGGCCGCAUUACAUACAUCUGAGGAAAUUAUCGCUUCAGAAUCAUCUAGGCAGUCUAAACAGCAAGAUCAGAAUCAUACUUCGCAAGUAAAGCCAAAGAGAGCAAUGUCGGAUGGGAAUGGCAGUGCUGCUAAAUAUGCACCUGCAAAGCGAAAUAAGAAGACAGCCCUUCAAGACGUAACAAAUGUUCUCUGCAGCAGCUUACAUAAAGACUGCUUCAAUGUGACGAAUAUAUUGGCUAGAAAUGGGAAAAAGGUGGGGAAAGCUCCAGUCAAGGUUUCUAAAGUGAUUAAAUCAGCUUCAGCGGAAGUUUUGAAACCUCAGUCAGAUUUAAGCGAAAAGACUACAACUGAAACGGUGGCCAACGAACUGGGUUCAGAAACGGGUCUGCAGAUAAUCGAGCAUGAGGAAGAUACAUCUUCACGAUUAAGCAGUGCCAGAUGCACCAAAACCAAUUCUCAGCUUGCAAAAGAUUGUUCUGUAACGUCUUCAAAAAAUCAAGCAGAAAAAGGAAGCGUUCAUGAGAUAUCAACAAUUUCAGAGAAACCACAAGUUACCGAUAUUGAUUCUGAUCAAAAGGAUCCUCUGUUAUGCAGCCUUUAUGCCCCAGACAUCUACAGCAAUCUACGUGUGACAGAGCUUCUCAGGAGACCUUGCUGUAAUUUUAUGGACACUGUCCAGAAAGAUAUCACUCAGAGCAUGAGGGGGAUCUUGAUUGACUGGCUUGUGGAGGUAUCCGAGGAAUAUAAGUUGUACCCAGAGACACUAUAUCUCACCGUGUAUCUGAUUGACUGGUUUCUGUCUCAAAAUUACAUUGAAAGACGGAGACUUCAGCUACUUGGCAUCACUUGCAUGCUAAUUGCGUCGAAGUAUGAAGAAAUUUGUGCUCCACGGGUUGAAGAUUUUUGCUUUAUCACAGACAAUACUUACACCAGAGAAGAGGUACUGAAAAUGGAGAGCCAACUAUUGAAUUAUUUUGGCUUCCGGAUUUUCACGCCCACUACGAAAACUUUCCUUAGGAGAUUUAUUCGAGCAGCACAGGCAUUGUAUGUGAGCCCUAGUCUUGAAUUGGAGUACUUGGCGGAUUACCUUACGGAGCUGACAUUGGUUGAGUACGAGUUCCUGAGUUUUCUUCCUUCUCUAGUUGCUGCAUCAGCCGUAUUUCUUGCUAGAUGGACGCUGGAUGACUCACGCCACCCUUGGAAUCCGACGUUGGAAUUCUACACAUCCUAUAAGGCCUCUGACCUGAAGACUACGGUAUCUGCAUUGCAAGACCUGCAAUCGAAUGCAAAAGAAUGCCCUCUAAGUGCUAUACGUAUCAAGUAUCGGCAGCAGAAGUUCAAAUCUGUGGCGCUGCUGACUUCCGCCAAGAUCCAUGAAGCACUUUUCUGAAGCUGACAGUGCCGCUGACAGCGCUCUAAUCCUCGCUAAUCGCUGACGGCAACAUAUCCCUGCACGUAUGAAGAUAAAGUGAGAUUACGACUAAUCCCAGAUUCGGCGCUUCCACCAACUUGUUCCAUACAGAUUUCUGGUAUUUUUCCACUUCUGUUCAUACAACAAACCGACUGCUCCUGUGCUGUCGGUACCUUCAUUCUUUUUAGGAUGUACAUGUUCGGAUCCUGAGAUUUCGGGAUCCAUCACCCGAUUUCACAUAAUUGCUGAUUUCUUUUUUUCUUUUUUUUCGACUUUAGUUUAAUCACGGUUAACCAUGAAAUUACCACGAGCUCAGUGGUACUACUGUAAACUAGCUGGAGAGGGGAGAGGAUGUAUUUAGCUCAAUGUAAUCUGGAAACAAGAAGCCUCGGCUCUAUUGCACUCCUUUCGGAUUCAUUUCUCAUUCAA